CGUGGACCGCUUUGACUGUACUAAAGAGAACAAGGAAGCAACAUGUGCCGAUAACUAUACAAGUAGUCUGAUCACAGCAAUAUAGAGAGGAAAUAGAGACAAUUGUCAUUGUACCGGAUAUUUAAAAUACUGCUGUUAUUAUACAGAAACGAUGAAGAGAGAGGUCAACGCCGGGGUGAAUUUCCUGAGACACCUAGCCGUGGAGCGGGGUGGCUUGGAUGGCACCAAAGCUGACGCUUUUGCUGGAAAGCUGCGGCAACUUCUGGUCAACAAAUUCAAAGACCACUGGUACCCCGACAACCCCAACAAAGGACAGGCAUUCAGGUGCAUCAGGGUAAGCGAGGGGGUGCCGUGUGAUGAGGAGGUGCUGAAGGCGUGUGAGGAGAGCAAGCUCAAACUCAGCGAGCUGGGCCUCCCAUGUGAGAUUGCACUGUGGAUCGACCCACUGGAGGUGUGCGCACGGUCAGGGGAGAACUGCAGGUACUUCACAGUAGCUCGUUUCAAAGAAGGAGAAGAGGAAGAUGUGAAAGGAGACAAAGAUGUCGACCUGGAUACGUCCGACUACCACUCCGCCACCUCGUCUGACUGUGGCUCUACUAUCUCCAGCGACACAGACACAGAGGACGAGGGGAAGGAUGGAGAGACGGUGGGAACAAAAGAUGAGGAGGAGAAGAAAGAGAAGGAGGGAAAGAAAGAGAAGGUGGAGGGCAUACCUUGUGUGAUUGCCAUGAUGCCCAGGGUUCGGGACAGGUUCAGGGUGGAGCAUGCUCAACAGAAGGUCACCAAAACAUUGCUCCAUCCCACCUCUCAGCAGUACUACUACCACCCUGCCCCUGUGUGGCCCACAACGUACAAGAAGAAGGGUCCUGUGUUCCUCACCACAAUAUACGCGCCUCCGCCUCCCCCAGCGUUCGGCUACUACGUCCUGCCCCAGCCACCCCCGCAGUUCAUCAUGCCUUAUGCCACUCUGCAGCCAUGGGGGGCUGUGAAGAGCUAAACCAACUGGUUGGAGAGGUAAAACUGCUCUUUUACCUAUGAGCCAAUCACGAUGGGUCUAUGCAGGUUUUUGAAGGUGUGGGUGAGGCGCAGUUAAGAUAGUUUGACAAAAUAUUUGAAGGGUUAGCGGGGAGCACAUCUUGUUUCAUUAUCAUUUUUUAAUUGCUGUACACUUCUUUUUCUUAUUUUUGGUGAAAAUCAGUUUUGGGGAUUUCCUCUAUGUAACUUUCUUAGGUAGAAUUGCCACUGAAGUAAACAAGGAAUAUACUAAAACAGGCAUUUAGCAAAUAUUGCUACAGGCACUUCCCUAAGGGUUGCCAGUGUGUUUUGGUUUAGGGUAAUCCGCUGAUUAAAAGUAGUCUAUUUAUAUUGCUGAAGUGUCUAGAAUAGGCUUGCUAGACAGUCUGUUGCACAUUGACUAGUUUAGUGUGAUACUGUAUUCCAUUGUUUGAAUUCAACUCUUACGCCGCGAGGUCCGGAGCCUGCUGGCUUUCAUUUCUACCUGAUAAUGAAUUACACCCACCUGGUGAACUAGUUUUAAAUCAGUGCCUAAUUAGAGGGGUAUUCCUUCAUUGGGUGCUCAUAACAUCUCAGGAAUCCUCAGCAAUAAUCUGAAAGCCUAAGCUUUUUUGAUGAUUUUAUAUAUUUUUCUAAAUAUUAUAGACUACCUUUUCAUCUGUCACCUCUAUAAAGCAUCAAAAUGGUGAAUGUGCACUGUAGGAUAUAGACCAGGGCUGCCCAAUCAUGGUCAUGGUGGGCCUAAAACACAUCUGGUUUUUGUUUCUACCUGGUAGUUAAUUGGACUGUGAUUGUUAUCUGUCAAGUACAGACCUCUCUCUAUUUUAUAAUAAUUAACAGACCAAC